AUGACGUUAACAAAACAUCUACAAUCACUGCAGCAAACUAUCCCCAAUCACUGCAGCAAAUCAUCCCCAAUCACUGAAGCAAACUAUCCCCAAUCACUGCAGCAAAUCAUCCCCAAUCACUGCAGCAAACUAUCCCCAAUCACUGCAGCAAAUCAUCCCCAAUCACUGAAGCAAACUAUCCCCAAUCACUGCAGCAAAUCAUCCCCAAUCACUGAAGCAAACUAUCCCCAAUCACUGCAGCAAAUCAUCCCCAAUCACGGAAGCAAACUAUCCCCAAUCACUGCAGCAAAUCAUCCCCAAUCACUGCAGCAAACUAUCCCCAAUCACUGCAGCAAAUCAUCCCCAAUCACUGAAGCAAACUAUCCCCAAUCACUGCAGCAAAUCAUCCCCAAUCACUGCAGCAAACUAUCCCCAAUCACUGCAGCAAAUCAUCCCCAAUCACUGAAGCAAACUAUCCCCAAUCACUGCAGCAAAUCAUCCCCAAUCACUGAAGCAAACUAUCCCCAAUCACUGCAGCAAAUCAUCCCCAAUCACGGAAGCAAACUAUCCCCAAUCACUGCAGCAAAUCAUCCCCAAUCACUGCAGCAAACUAUCCCCAAUCACUGCAGCAAAUCAUCCCCAAUCACUGAAGCAAACUAUCCCCAAUCACUGCAGCAAAUCAUCCCCAAUCACUGCAGCAAAUCAUCCCCAAUCACUGCAGCAAACCAUCCCUAA